AUGCUGUAGCCGACAACAAUAUGACCACCAUCACUGAAAUAAAAGGGUAUCACAUAUUACCUAUAACCCUUCCAAACGCCCACUCUACCCACUACAUAUAUUUCAAAAAACACGAUGCCAAACAAGCCACCAGUAAUAGAUCCCUCUUCAUAUUCAAUUUACCAAUAUCCACCAAUAUAACCACCUUGAAGAAAUACUUUCAAGAUGUCGCUAUUGGAGCCACUAUUGAAUCAUUCACUCCUUCGUUAUUGACUGACCAUCCGGAAGACAUCUGGAUAAGUCUAACCAAAUUAACCUCGGAUUUAGAGUUGGCUAACGGCGAUAGCGAAGAGGCCAGCGCCAAGCUUCCAAAGAACUGUGGAAUUGUUACAUUCAUCGACAAAGCUGCAUUCCAACUUGCAUUCAACGCAUUAAAGAAGUUGUCCAGUAAUUCCACUGCUUCCAACUGGCCAUUAAUCACAUUUAACUCGAACUAUUACUUGCAAAAAUACCAGAAUCAAGUGUUGGACAUUGAAGAAUUGUCCGAAUAUGUGUCGCAAUCAUUAGUUGAGUUUGACAGAGCCGAAAAAGAAUCCAUGGAACAAUUACAACAACAAACACAACUCGUGGACGAAGAUGGGUUCACCUUGGUCGUGGGCAGUCAUAGAAAGACAAAGGCCGGUAUAAUGGGUAAACAGAAACUCGCAGCUACUGUAGAAGUAGAAAAGGCCAAGGCCAAGAUGAAGAAGAAGGAAAAGGAAGAUUUCUAUAGAUUCCAAUUGAGACAAAAGAAGAAGGAAGAGAUGAAUGAAUUGUUACAGAAGUUCAAGUUAGACCAAGAAAGAGUAAGAGUUAUGAGAGAAAAGAAGAGAUUUAGACCGUAUUAGUUAUACUUGUAUAUUUAUUUAUUAAUAGAAUAUUCCUGUCAUAGUCGU